GUCCACCAUCGCCCUCACGGUCAGACAGGCCGUGAAAUCCCCCCUCACUCACGGCUGCCACCACCAGCCUCAUCCACCGCCGACCCAUCCAAACACUGACGGCCUCCCUUGAGAGGGAAGGAGAGAGUCGGCCAUCGCCGCCGGUUCCUCGCCGACGAACAGGCCGUCAAAUCCCCCUCACGGCCACCAACCAACCAACCAACCGUGCGGGAAACCAGCGCCUCUUCUACCCCCCAAAACUCCCCUCAAAGCAGAUUUCUGUCCAGCCAUAGUUUGAAAUCACCUCACUCACGAUGAAGUCGGUCAACCUGUCGGCGGACACCAAACCCCACAGCGAGCCGUCCGACAAGGAGGGGCUGACCCUCUUAUGGGUCGCCCAUGAGGCCAACGUGUGUCAGGAUGUCGAUGACAUGGAAGCAGCAAAACAUAAGCAGCCACCACUGGUGUUCACAGAUAUAAUUGAUGAAGAAGAAGCCGAGAAAGAGUAUUUGUUGUCAAAACCUACGUGUUUCUUCAUUAUUGGAAAACCAUGCAUUGGGAAAAAAACUCUCGCUAAACACUUAGCAGAUGCAUGGAAGUCAAUAUUAAUCGAACCUCAGGAACUUAUCGAACAGAACAUUACCGAAAAUACAGAAAUUGGGAAAAUGUUUCAAGACACUCUACUUAGGGGUGAGAGUAUCUAUGAAGAGCUAAUAAUUAAGUUGAUGAUGGACAAACUCCGCUCUACAGAAGUUACUCAUCGGGGUUAUGUUUUGUGUGGAUAUCCUUCUUUGUCUGAGGAAUAUUUGGGAAUUCCAGAACAAAUAGAGGUCAUAGAUAAUCUUGAUCUGCAACCUGACUUCAUUAUAAACAUUAAGUGUCCUGAUCGUGACUUGUGUGAUCGUGUGUCUGGACAACGUCAAGAUCCUCAAACUGGGAAGAUCUAUCAACUAGAAGAAUGGAAUCCAGACAAGACAGAGAUAGAACAAAAGAAAAAAGAAAGUGAGGAGGAGGAGACUGAAGAGGAAGAAGUAGUUGAAGAGAUGGAAGAAGAAGAGAAAGCAGCGAUGACCCCACAGCUUAUUGCACGUUUGGUGAAUAGACCUGAAGAUCUUCCUGGAACUUUUGUAAAACGAGUGGCACUCUAUAAAAGCAAAAUGCUGAGGCCUUUAGAGGAAUAUAUGGCUGAUCAUGACCCUCAAUAUCUGAUAGAGCUGGAUGGAAACAGGAAACCUAACGAACUCUUUAUGUCAAUAAUGUAUAAAUUGGAAUUCAUGGGUCUACAACCAACGGCAACAACACAAAUUUUUCACGAUGAUGAGGAGGAAGAAGUACCAGAAGAAAAUGAUGAAGAUGAUCUGUUCCGAUCUGUUGCAGUUUUGAAACGUACUGCACCGGGAUACCGCUGGCGUAGAAGCAAGUGGGGUCGAAUUUGCCCCGUGUCCUUAUAUAAAGGGAAUUUUGUUUUGGGCAAACCGCAGUUUGCUGUCAGCUUUCUGGACAAAAUGUAUUUUCUUUCGUCUGAAGAAAAUUUGGCAAAGUUUAUGGCCAAUCCUCGAACCUACCUUCUCCCUCCACAGCCUCACACAGCUUGUAAGAUUGCAAUAUUGGGUCCAAAAUCAUCAGGAAAGACUACUCUCUGUGAAUUGAUUUCACAAAAAUAUGAUGCAAAGGUGCUGGAUAUGUCCCGUCUUAUACAGCCAGGUCGAGAAAGACUAGUCGUUGAGAAUGUUGAAAAAGUUCGCAUGGAAACAAUUCCAUUGGCAAUACUCACAAUUAAAACCAAAUUGGAAAAAGAGUUACUUGAACAGCUUCAAGCUCAGCCAGCUCCGGUGGUGAUGGGAAGUAUUAUAAAUGAGGAUGACACUCAUAGUACAGAUGCUGCAACUGCAGAGGAACAUACCAUUGAAGAAGAGACACCAGUGGAAGUUCCCGAACAAGUGCAACCAACUGCAGAAGAUCUUGCUGCUAUAAAAUUUAUGGUUGACGAAGUGUCUGAGGAACACCCUGAAGUAAAGGCUAUUGUAAAUGAAGCUGUUGAGAAUGCAUCACAUGCCCAAAUACAACUGCCAAUAGAUAUCUACAUGGAAGCAUUGGUGAAAGCUAUUUCAGAGGUACAUGAAGACAAAAAACAGCAGAAUCCUGACAAACCGAUGGAAGGGGGUUGGGUAUUGGAUAAUUUCCCUGAAACAGCAGAUCAAUGUAAAGCAAUGGAAGAGAUAGACUUGAUUCCUGAUAAUAUCUUCGUUUUACGUAGUGUUGUGGAAGAUGGGAAAUUCCUCCUCAACAGAUUGUAUAAUCUAAAUAAAGAUGACAUUGAUUUCAACAUAAUACAGAGACUUCAAGCAGUAGAAACAAAAAAGAAGCUUGAAAAACAAGCUGCAGCGGAAGCUUUAAAACAAGCAGAAAUUCAACAGUCAGAAUUAAUGGAAGGUGACGAAAUCAUAUUACCAGAGGUUCCAGAGGGAGGUUAUCCAGCAGGCCCAGAAAUGGAAUAUUAUCACAAGAUGCUCGCUGAUUUUGACCAGUACUGGAAAUUAUUAGAGCUAGCUCUUGCAGCAUCCGUAAAUACAAAACUGGAGAUUGCUGGAAAAACCACCGAAGAUCUUCUUAAAGAAGUCAUUGAAGUUGUGGAUAAGCCGUUCAAGUACAGUGGCUGGGAACUAUCUGGUGCAGACAUAGAUGAAGAAGAAGAAGAUGCUGAAGCAGCGGCAGAAGAAGCGGAGGAGGAGGCAGCUACAGAGGAGGAAGAGGAGAUGGAGGAGGAGUAUGAAGAAGAAGAUGAAGACACAGCUAUAAAGAAGAACAGGCAGCUGGGUGAAAGCAAACAUUACUGCCCUGUGACAUUAAAAGAGAAAUCAGUUCUUUUACCAGGUGAUCAAGAAUGCGCUGCCAAAUAUCAAGAAAGAUAUUACUAUUUUUCUAAUUCAGAUGCAAGAGAUACAUUUUUGAAAAGUCCAGAAGAUUACAUAAAUACAAAAGAACCUCUCAAGGCACCUCCAUUGAGACUAUUCAUAUUUGGAGCUAAGGGAUCUGGUAAAACGAUCCACAGCAGAUGGUUGGCAGAUAAACUGGAUAUCUUUCACAUUCAAUUCACUGAACUUCUUCAGGAGCACAUGAUUUCUAAAACGAAAAAAAAACUUGGGCCUGAAUAUGACGAUGAACUCACCGAGGAUGAGCAGGCUGAUAUAGCAGCUAUUGCAGCCCUUGAGAGAGGGGAACAACCUGAAAAAAUUGAGGACGCACCUGAAGAAAAGCAAGAAGAAGAAAUGGAUUUCACUUCUGAAGAGGAGGCCAUCAAAAUAUUUUUAACUGAAGAAGAACCAUUGCCCCCAGAAGUUCUGAACAAUUUCAUUCCAAGAUGGUGGAAUGAAGAACCUUACAAAUCCCGAGGAUUUGUGUUGGACGGUUUCCCUGGUACAUCAGAAGAGGCUGAAUAUCUUGUAAAUAAUGGCUUGUUCCCAGACGCAGCCAUCUUCAUCAAGGUCGAUGAUAACAAAGUACUGGAUUGGCUCCUUCCUCCAAAACUGGCAAAAUGGAGAAAAAGGCACAACGAAAAACUGGACCGAAAGAGCAAAAUAAAAGAACUGAAGAAAAAAAUAAAGGAUGACCAAAUUGCUAAAAGAAGGGAGGAACUUCUUGCAGAGCGAGUUGAAAGAAAGAAAGAGAGACAGGCUAGUCGAGCGGAUCUAGCUUCAGAAGAAAGUGAGAUGAGUGAGGAUGAAGAUGAAGAUGAGGAGAACAUUGACGAUAUACUCGCAGAUGAGUUCAUGGCAGAGGAGGAGGAGGCUGAUGAGGAGGAAGAAGAAGAGAGUGAAGUCAUCGAACAGAUGAGAACUGAUAUUGGAGAUAAAUACGACGCAGAUCAAGAUAGGAUAAACACACUCCGGAUUCAACUCAAAGAUGUUUUGGUGCCAUGCUUUGUGAUAAAUGGAAACCGUAAACCUCACAUUGUCCGUUACAAGUUGUUUCAGAAAGUGGAACCGCUCGUAAAAAACCGUAUUAGUUUGUUUGAAAAAUGUUUUCCCAUUACUAUAAAGCUUGCUCACAGGCUGCUGAACAACUCUUAUAAACGGUUGAGUUCUUUUGGCCGAUGGGAUGUCGUUGAGUUCAAUGAAAGAAAAGCAAUCCAACCUAUCCAAGACAUGCAACAAAACGUCUUUCCUGUUGUCCACCGCAAGUAUAUUUACUACUUUGUGAGCAAGCAAAACAGAGACAAAUUCAUGGAAAAUCCUUUCAAGUACAUCACACAGCCUAAGCCCAGGCCUACAGUGCCCAUCAAGAUUGCCAUUAUAGGACCACCAAAAUCAGGAAAGAGCACCAUGGCCAAGAAGUUAGUCAAAGAAUUUGGACUUCAACGCCUCUCAGCAGGAGAAGCUAUUCGCACAAUUCUGUCUACUCAGAAGAAGACUGCGUUGGCUGUCAAUAUAAAUAAACAUCUGAAACAUGGCUUGGUAGUGCCAGAUGAACUUGCCAUCAAGUGUCUGCAACUGGCAUUAAUGGAUGUCGUAUGUAACACCAGAGGGUUUGUCCUUGAUGGAUAUCCGGUAACCAAAGCACAAAUUGACAUACUCUCUGAUAGUAAAGUAAUUCCUGUUAGAGUUAUAGAACUGCAAGUGGAUAUCAAAGAAAUUCUGAAAAGAGGUUUAAUUGACAGAAGGUCACCAGACAGGAUCUUUCCCCUCCAUGACAGUUCUCAGAUUUUGUCCAUUCGAAACUCGUCAUUUACUCAUGAGAUUAGUGCUCUCUGGGACUAUUAUCAACGGGAGCAUCAGAAUUGGCGUAUUAUUUAUGGGCAAAACAGCAAGUGGAUGGUGUGGCUGAAAGUGCUAGAAGUUGUCAAAGACAGCGUAGAACGGAUUGAAAUGUAUCUGGAAAGAAUACAGCAAGGUAAAGCAGCCAGUAUUGCUGGUAUGUGCAUCACACCAUAUGAGCUGCAAUCCCGCCUUGGACCGUUUAAGCAAUACUGUACUGUCUCCCUCCAAUUAAAGGGAGAGCUGCACGACUGUUCUGUCGACCCAUCGUUGGAAUUUGCAGCAGAGUUCCGAGGACAUUACUACAAGAUGACUUCGAAGGAAGCUCUGGAUAUAUUCCUGGACGAUCCAGAGAAGUUUGUAGCUCCAUUAGCAGGUCAUGUUCUUCCACCAGCUGAUAUGUUACCAAUAAGACUGACAGCAGCUGGAGUGAAGGCCAGGUUUCCGAAACGUGCCGAAAUGCAGGGCUACUGUCCGGUGACAUAUCUGGAUGGAAAACAAAGAUACGAAGCAUUGAUACCUGGUCGCAUUGACUUUGCUGCCGAGUACAGAGGCAAAAUAUAUCUCUUUCAGGACGAGAAACAUCUUGAUCAAUUUAUGCGACUUCCCGAGACGUACUGGGAUCUGAAGCUGCCAAAUAAGCUUCCACCAAUGAAGGAACCGAUACCUCUCUCUUCGCUUCCAAUGCUUGGAUAUAUGGAACAAGGAGCAGCACUAUCUAUAAUUAAAGCAUUGACAGCUGUGGGACGUCUGAAGCCAAAAUAUCCUUUCUUAAGUAUGACGAGGUCUGCAAUUCUCUAUAUUUCAUAUCAUCUUAAAGCAUACAAUCCAAAUAGCUACCACUAUUUGAGAAAGAAAUACAAAAAGAAGCUGGAGCAGUAUGAGGAACACUGUCACCUCAUCACCUACCUUGGAUCAAAGAUGAGCAGAAAGUACAGAGAGCCCAAAGACAGACCCAUUGACUUUGAUCACAAAUUACAGACCUUCCUGUCGCUCAGACAUGCUGAUCCUACACAGGCCAGCGUUCCUUAGAAGUAUCAAUCGUCAUCAAAUCUUACACAGUUUUAGAUUGAGCCAUCAUUAGCCAGAAAACAUUUGCCAAGGAUCUUAUUUUACAAUAUCAUUUAUUAAAUGUUACAAUGUUAAAUAGAGAAAGUAUUUCACAUUGCUGUUUUAUGUUUAUUUUCUCUGUGAACUUUUACCUAGCUCUGAGCUGUUUCCAGCUAUCUUAUCCAUUGGCUUCACUACACCACAAGUAUAUACCCUGAGCACAGCUUCUAUUGUGAUUCCCACUCCCACCCCCACCCUCCGCCAUUGCUGUCCUGCCUCUAAUGAUCCUGCUGAGAUUUGUAUCUCACUUUGCAGUGAGUAACAUCCAUGAAACUCUGCAUCAUUUAUUUUUGUAUAUUUCAUUUAUGUACCACCUUAGCGUAUAAUAUUGUUUGCUCCUCAAUGUGCUAACUGCGUUUAUUUACAAAGAUUUUCACAUUUUAUCGCUUUAAUAUGUUUAUAAAUGGAAAGAUGCACUUGCAAUUAAAACGUUAUGUAUUUUUGAAAUGUGAUACAUGGAGGCUUUUGGUAAAGCUUUGAUGGCUUUAUGUGCUUGUGCCAAUAAAACCAAAUUUAACGCAUGUGUUUCUACAGAGAAAAUAAAGAAAGUCAUGUGGUCAAUUAAA